AUGCUUAUUGGUUUAGAUCCUAAUAGUACUCCUGGCCUAAUAAAGAAAAGUUUUGAAGCUCAUGAUCUUAAAGUUUCUGUCGACUAUCGACGAGAUGACACUACGGGUUAUGUUCAUUUAAAUUCACAAAUGGCAAAAGAAGUUGCUGCGCAUAUUAUGGCAAAGGGUGGUUUGAAAGUUGGUAUUGAUGAAGCAAUGUAUUGGGGUGUUUACUCAGGUACACGAAGUAUAGGUUCAAAGACCACAAAUCAAUAUAAAACUAUUGGUGGUAAAGCGAGGCAUACUAGAAGAUAUCAUAAACAUAGUCCAUAUUUAACAAAUUUUAAAAACGUUGAAAUAGGCGAUGAUAUUGAAGACCAGCAACAGAAGCAUCAUAUUAAUAAAUGUCACAGUAAUAACCAACAUCAUAAAAUUCAUCAUUACAUAACUAAACAAAAAUCUAAAAAUAAAAAAAAAUCAAAACGUAAUUCAAAAAAACAAGAAGCUCCUACUCAUAAUGAGACCGAAGAAGUAGAAUACAGGUUUAAGAAUAUGAGAAUAGUAUCUCUUGAUAAAUAA